UUCGAAAGAACCGAUUCGCAUAAAUGAGUCGGACUUCCUAUUGCUAGUUGUAAGCAAAGGUUGUAAGGGGACCGUUGACUGGAGCGGAAGCUCAGAGUGUUGUCCUUCCUUCUGCCCGACUCUCAGGAUGAGGAUCGGUCACAGUUUGUCUGUAUGUCUCUGAUCAUAUCACACCAGCAGCUCCUCUCCCAUCUCCCGAAUGCAGAUUAACAGGCAUGCCAAAGGAAAAAUAUGAUCCUCCAGACCCACGCAGAUUAUACACCAUCAUGUCAGCCGAGGAAGCGGCCAGUGGGAAGAAAUCAUAUUGGACCGAGUUGGAGAUAUCUGGGCGAGUCAGAAGCCUGAGCAGUUCACUAUGGACGCUGACCCACCUGACUGCUCUCCACAUCAACAACAACAACCUGAGCCGGAUUCCCCCUGAAAUCGCAAAGCUGCCCCAUCUCGUCUACCUGAACCUGUCCUCCAACAAACUGCGCAGCCUGCCAGCAGAACUUGGCAACAUGGUGACUCUCAGGGAAUUGCUUUUGAACAACAAUUGUUUACGAGUUUUGCCUUAUGAACUUGGUCGGCUGUUCCAGUUGCAAACCCUCGGCCUCAAAGGUAAUCCAUUGUCCCAGGAUAUACUCAACCUGUAUCAGGAGCCUGAUGGAACACGGAAGUUAUUGAAUUACAUGCUUGACAAUCUUGCAGUCCACCCUGAACAACUUCCCCAAAGACCUUGGAUCACUUUGAGGGAGCGAGACCAAAUGAUGCCCACAGCUGUGUUCACAGUAAUGUGCUACAAUGUGCUCUGUGACAAGUAUGCUACAAGGCAGUUGUACGGCUAUUGUCCGUCAUGGGCCCUUAAUUGGGAGUACAGGAAGAAGGGCAUCAUGGAGGAGAUCACUAACUGUGAUGCUGACAUCAUCAGCCUGCAGGAGGUGGAAACAGAGCAGUACUACACUUUCUUUCUGGAAACACUGAAAGAGCGUGGAUAUGAUGGCUUUUUCUGUCCAAAGUCUCGUGCCAAACUCGUGUCAGAACAGGAGCGUAAACAUGUGGACGGCUGUGCUGUUUUCUUCAAGACUGAGAAAUUCGCUCUGGUGCAGAAAAACACAGUGGAGUUCAAUCAGGUUGCCAUGGCAAAUUCAGAGGGCUCAGAGGUUAUGCUAAACAGAGUCAUGACCAAAGAUAACAUUGGAGUAGCUGUCUUGUUGGAAGUGAAGGAAGACCUAUUUACUAGUGGUUUAAAGCAGCCUCCAGAGAAACAGCUCCUGCUGGUAGCUGAUGCCCACAUGCACUGGGAUCCAGAGUACUCCGAUGUGAAGCUCAUCCAGACCAUGAUGUUCCUGUCUGAGCUAAAAAGUAUCGCUGAGAGGGCCUCGGGAUCCAUCAACUCUGCCUCGCCCACGUCAGACACCAGCUCCAUCCCUAUCGUCCUGUGUGCUGACCUCAACUCCCUCCCAGACUCUGGUGUGGUGGAAUAUCUGAGUAGUGGUGGAGUUGCAGAAAAUCACAAAGACUUUAAGGAACUGCGAUACAGUGAUUGUUUAACCAACUUCAAUUGCAACGGUAAAAACGGCAAGCCUGAUGGCAGUAUCACGCACAGUUUCCAGCUGAAGAGUGCCUACGAAGGGAAUCUCAUGCCCUACACCAACUACACUUAUGACUUCAAGGGUGUGAUUGACUACGUCUUCUUCUCUAAGACACAUAUGAGUGUUUUGGGGGUUCUGGGUCCACUGGAGACUCAGUGGCUGAAGGACAACAACAUAACGGGCUGCCCACACCCGCACAUCCCCUCCGAUCACUUUUCCCUCCUGGCUCAGCUGGAGUACCACCCGCCUUUACCCCCCCUCAACGGGCUGCAUCUGCCUGUCCACAGCAAGACGCUUACAGAGUGAGCCAGCACCAGCAUCCCUUCCAUCCACCCAUCCAUCUCUAUUCUUCACCAGGGAGACAUGUUAACUACUAAAGUGACCGUGAUCCUGCUAUAAUGUUGCUGUUAUGGUUCUAAGUCAGUAAGCUUAUAUUGUGUGUAUAUGUUUAAAACAUAUCCAGUAUCCCUCACAGAAAUCCCCACUGAACCAGUUGAAUACAUUUCCAAUUACAAAAAGGUCUGACUAGCCAUGCUAUUUUAAUCCAGAUUGAUUUGGUGUUUUAAAACUAGUUAGAAAUGCAUGUGGAAUAUAGUGCAAGUCUUUCCUUGAAUGUGGACUGUGGCAUCAGGGAUUGAGGCUAGUCUUGUUGAGAAAUUGACCUGCAUGAUUGUAUGUAAAGCAUCAUUUUAAUUGAGACACAAUGACUGGAAUUGGCAGGGGGGGAAAGCUGUUUCCCAACAUGAUGAUGGCUUUAUCUUUGGCUUUUCUCAAUGUCUCAACUCAAGUUUUCUGUUUUGUUUUGUUUUUUUGUUUUUUUUUGGUCUAUGAUCGCAUAUGGUUAUGAUUUGAAAUACAAAACUCAUCUGUGUUGUUUUGCAACUGAAAAUGGUGCUAUGUGUGGCCCAUUUGUAAAACAAACUGAAAGUCCUGUCCUAGUGUCCUACCAUAAAGGAAAUAAAGAUGUCAUUUA